UUCCGCAAAUUAAUGCGCCUUCGUAACGGCCGCCAUCUUUUUUCCAGUAGUAAAUAUUUUGGGUCUUAAAACGAAAUCCGUGAACAUCGGCUGUAAUUUGGGCUUUUAAACAUUUUAUUUUAUAAAUUUGCAAUCCCUUAUUCUUACUGGAAUGGCCGAUACUGAUAAGUUAAAUAUAGACAGUAUCAUAGCAAGAUUGUUGGAGGUUCGUGGAACACGUCCCGGAAAAAAUGUACAGCUUACAGAAUCGGAGAUAAGAGGACUGUGUCUCAAGUCCAGAGAACUGUUUCUCAGUCAGCCAAUCCUUUUGGAGUUGGAAGCUCCUUUGAAAAUUUGUGGAGAUAUUCAUGGACAAUACUACGACUUGUUGAGAUUGUUUGAAUAUGGUGGAUUCCCUCCAGAGAGCAACUACCUGUUCCUAGGUGACUAUGUGGACAGAGGAAAGCAGUCUCUCGAGACCAUCUGUUUGCUGUUGGCCUACAAAAUCAAAUACCCAGAAAACUUCUUUUUACUCAGGGGCAACCACGAAUGUGCCAGUAUUAACAGAAUCUAUGGCUUUUAUGAUGAGUGCAAAAGACGGUACAACAUCAAAUUGUGGAAGACAUUCACAGAUUGUUUCAACUGUUUACCCAUAGCAGCUAUCAUAGAUGAGAAAAUAUUCUGUUGUCAUGGAGGCUUGAGUCCUGACCUGCAGUCCAUGGAACAGAUCCGGCGUAUCAUGCGACCCACAGACGUUCCCGACCAGGGACUGCUGUGUGAUCUGUUGUGGUCAGAUCCCGACAAGGAGACGAUGGGCUGGGGCGAGAAUGAUCGAGGAGUGUCGUUCACUUUCGGCGCAGAGGUGGUUGCCAAAUUCCUUCACAAACAUGAUCUCGAUCUCAUCUGUCGAGCACAUCAGGUGGUUGAAGACGGGUAUGAGUUUUUCGCCAAGAGACAGUUGGUCACCCUUUUCUCAGCCCCCAACUACUGUGGAGAAUUUGACAACGCUGGUGCUAUGAUGAGUGUCGACGAAACACUGAUGUGCUCAUUCCAGAUUUUGAAACCAGCGGACAAAAAGAAAUUCCCAUAUGGAGGUUUGAAUGCAGGUCGACCAGUGACCCCGCCAAGAGGGACGGCAAAAGGCAAAGGGAAAAUAUAGAUAGCGUGUGACUUUGAUACCAGUGUGAAUGUAGAAAGCGUGGUGAGAUCUGAUGUGUGGAUUUGUAAAACACCUAGCCUGGUUUUCACCAAUGGGCAGGAGUUGUAUUGACCCAUUAUUGCUAGGUCAUGAAUUGUAGACCAUUAUCAUCCAAAACUUUUUACUGCACAGAAGUUUGUCUGUCAGGCUGAGGUAGUGAUUUGAAUUUAUUUAGACAAAAAAGCACACUGUUGAUGUUUGCCAAAUAUUUCUUUUUUGUUAUAACACAGAAAAUUGAUACCAUCUGAGAGCUUGUGUCGUAAAGACCUUUUACUUGUAGUAAUGGAGAAUAUUUACUAAGUAUAGAACUCCCCUUUAAAUUUCUUGAUUUAUAUAAUUUAGAAGUUAUUUAAAGUUAAGUCCUUAAAGCCAUUGCGUUACAAAGCUAAGCAUCGAUAUGAUGAUUUGAAAUCAUGUGACAGUAACCUUACCUUGUGAAUUUGAUCUUUUUUGCUUAAGAGCUUAAAAAGUGAUUGAAGAUAAGACAACCUUAUUUUUCCUCAACAAUUAUUCAAAUGCUACAUUGUGACACAGUGAAUUAAUUGAACUGUGAUAGUGUUUCUUGAGUUUUUUUUCAAGCUUUUUACUUUUUCUCACUGAUUUUCACAUUUGUCUUUAAAACAUAAAUGACUUGUGUCUGUAGAUUUAUUUCCUCAUUUUGUAAUAACUUACUAUACAUUUUUACACAUGACUCUUUGUUCAGUUGAACUUUGUGAUUUAAACACUUAACAUUUAUGUGGACAGUAUACCGUGGUUUGGUGAAGUUCAUCCAUGGUUGCAUCAAUGUAUUAUACUGGAUAUUUAUUCAUAUCAUGCUAGAUAACACACUAAAAGUUCAUGUUAAGUAAAAUCAUCAUCUUGUUCAUUAAAUAUUUUAGAACGUGUUGUCAGAUCCUCAUUAGAUUUUGAGUUGAAAUGUAUGUCUUGAGCAAAAUGUAUGAUUUUAUUUAACAUGGAUUAUUCAUGUUUGUAAAGUUAAUUUCUAACUUUCAAUUAGGAUUUUCUCAAUUACAUUUUAUGUUCAUUUUUUCCCAAAGAAAAUACAUUGCUACGACUGUGCAUCCUUUGAAUUGGGAAAAUCCUAUUUAUAAGUUAAUUACUGUGUAGUCAUAUGGUUUGUUUGACCUAGAAUUUGACCUGUCUUUUGUACAUGUAUCAUAAAAUGUGAAAUGAAAAAUAACGAUUAGAUAAUGUUUGCAUCUAAUGGUAGCAAGCGUUGUUAGUGACCAGCUGUCUGUUUUUAUCUCAAAUUGUAGUCGUAAAUAAUAGGAAACAAAGAAGUUGUAAUCAGUGUUUCAGUGACUAAUAUACUCUUGUCUUAUUUAUUUAUAAAGUAUGUGGAUUGAUGAACAAAUGGACAUAAUCUUUUGCAAUUUGUUAUCUUUGCAAUUUUCCAUUUUGUGAGAAAGUUGUGUAAAAAAAAAUGCCCAGCAACAGUAAGAACCAGGGAGUCCAUUUCAUUAAGAACUUGAGAAGUAGUUUUCAAACCAACAAGGGGGUUUAACACUGUUGGAAAUCUCUGCUUAGUAUGGGAACUGCUGCUAGGAUUCUUGAUGGAAUGCCCCUCCAAGUCCUGCACUUAAGGACUUUCAGGGAGUUACAGCUGUUAUGAAAUGUAUUUCUGUAUCCUUUUUUAAAACUGAAAAAAAGAUGGUAGCCCUUUUAUCAUGAUUCUCUUGUCAUUUUUAUGUGUACUGAUACAUUUGUAUAUUGUAAAUAAACUAAUGUGACUUACUUGCA